GUGAAAAGACAAAAGCGCUCUCUCCUUAAAUUAAGUCCGCUUACUUCAUGAAAAUCCAAAAAUAGUCCACAACUCAUAAAAGAGGUGAACCAAUACCUUUUCCCAACAUAAAAAAAAUUAUUUAAAAUUACUAUAUAGUCCUGAUACAGAGCAUAAUAGACAUCAUGCAUGCAUGCAUGUAAUAUUUCACAUAUAACCAUCUAUAAAUAUACCUCUUUUGGCAUUGGUUUUAAUUCAUCUAUUAUUAUUUAUUUUUAUUACAUCCAACUUGUUGUUUCUUUCCUUUAAUUUUUCUGCACAUAUUUUCCUCUAAAUACUAUUUUUUUUCCAAGUAUGGAGAAGAAGAACGCCGACGAGAGUUCUAGCUCAUUUCCGAUGGGCGAAACCGCACAAGAACUAGGGUUUACUUACGUACCAAAAUGCUACCAAGUACAAACUUCAGACAUGCCUAGUGCGCACCCAAUAAAUGUCGCGAAUGUUCCGCUAAUCGACUUGUCUGGCAUGAACGAUCCAUCCAGACGAUCGAUCCUCGUAGACGAAAUUGCCAAGGCUUGUCGCCAUAGUGGUUUCUUCCAAGUUAUAAAUCAUGGGAUACCGGAGGGAAUAGUUGAUGGAGCAAUUAGGGCAGCAUCCGAUUUCUUCAAUAUGCCGACGAAAGAAAAGGCGGAAUACAUGUCGAACGAUGUCCACAAUCCGGUGAGAUAUGGAACAAGUUUAAAGGAUGGAGAAGAUAAGGUUCAAUUUUGGAGGGUUUUUCUUAAGCACUAUGCUCACCCUCUCCAGGAUUGGGUUGGAUUGUGGCCUCAUAAUCCACCUGAUUACAGACAAAAAAUGGGAGAUUACGUGGAAGCAUCACAGAAGCUAGCCCAGACGAUAACGGGCCUGAUAACCGAAUCCCUCGGGCUAGGCCCGAAAUACUUGAGCACCAAACUAGACCAAGGAAUGCAAGUGAUGGCCGUCAACUGCUACCCACCGUGCCCGCAGCCGCAGCACGCGCUGGGCCUGCCUCCGCACUCCGACUACGGCUGCCUGACGACGAUCCUCCAGGAAUCUCCGGGCCUACAAAUCCUCGACCCGGCCGACGAUUCGUGGAGAUCCGUACCCGUGAUCCACGGGGCGAUCCAGGUCCACAUUGGGGAUCAAUUGGAGGUGUUGAGUAAUGGGAGGUACAAAAGCGUGGUUCAUCGAGUGACGCUUAAUAGCGAGAAGACGAGGAUUUCGGUUGCCGGGCUUCAUACUUUGGGAAUGGAUGUGAAAAUGAAGACGGCUGAGGAGAUGGUUGAUGAAGAGAAUCUGGUUUGUUACAAAGAGAGCUGUUUUAGGGAUUUUCUUGAUUUUAUUUCCAAUAAUGAUAUUGGACAAGGGAAUAACUUCAUGGAUACAAUCAAGAUUCCUAAGUGAUGUAUUUUUUUUUUUUUU